UUGAGCCGUUGCAACCCCUUUCUCUUUCUCUUUUAAAUACACACUCCAUUUCUCUCACUUUUCAUUUUCAUCUCUUCUUCUCUCUCUACCGAUUCUGAAAAGGAAACUCAGUUUCUCUCCCCAAAACUUCUUACAUCUCUGAAGCUAUACCAUUUUCUUGCUCAAUCUAGCCGUCAAUCAUCUUCGGUUUGUAAUUAUUGAUAUUAGUUACCGAAAUGGCGGAUAGUUCCGGCAGAAAGCUGUUUGUAGAAGUUUGCAACGCCAAGAACUUGAUGCCGAAAGACGGACAAGGCACGGCCAGCGCCUAUGCUAUCAUCGACUUCGACGGUCAGCGCCGGCGAACCAAGACGAAAUUCAGAGAUCUAAAUCCUCAGUGGGACGAAAAGCUCGAGUUCCUCGUUCAUGACGUUGAAUCCAUGGCCACCGAGAUUCUCGAGAUCAAUCUCUACAACGACAAGAAGACUGGUAAGAGAAGCACUUUUCUCGGUAAAGUCAAGAUAGCUGGGAGCACUUUUGUCAAAGCUGGAUCCGAGUCCCUUAUUUACUAUCCGUUGGAAAAGCGAAGCGUCUUCUCUCAGAUCAAGGGGGAGAUUGGCAUCAAAGUUUAUUACGUAGAUGAUGAUCCACCGGCAGCUGAUCCUGCAGCGGAGAAGAAACCGGAGGAGGCGAAGGCAGAGGUGGCGCCACCUGCCGAGGAGAAACCGCCCGUGGAUACAAAGCCAGAGGAGGAGAAGAAAGAGGAACCGAAAGCAGAGGAAAAAAAGGAAGAGGAGAAGCCUAAAGAUGAAAUUAAGGAAGAAGAGAAAACCAAGCCACCUGCAGAGGGGAGCAAUGUGAAGCCCGAAGAGGCUCCUCCUGCGGCAUCUCCACCGGCUGAGGUAGGGAAUCCACCAUUAGCUCAUAAUGAAAAGCCGAAGUCGCAAAAGGAUAAUUCAGAGACCGCAAAGCAGCCCGAUCUUAGCGUCAAUGAGCUGGAACUCCGGUCUCUUGCCAACGAUCGGAGCCGCAGUGCCUACGAUCUCGUCGAUCGGAUGCCAUUUUUAUACGUCCGUGUCGUCAAGGCUAAAAGAGCCAACAAGGAAUCCAACGGUACAAUUUAUGCCAAGCUCGCGAUCGGCACUCAUAGUAUCAAAACAAAGAGUCAAAGCGACAAAGAUUGGGAUCAAGUUUUUGCAUUCGACAAAGAAAGCUUGAAUUCAGGCUCUCUGGAGGUUUCGGUGUGGACUGAAGCGAAAGGAGAAAAUGAGCAGUGUGUAGAGACUUGCUUGGGAACGGUGUCGUUCGACCUGCAAGAGGUGCCUAAGCGAGUGCCACCUGAUAGUCCCUUGGCACCUCAGUGGUACAGUUUAGAGUCGGAGACAUUGCCCGGAAACGACAUAAUGCUCGCCGUUUGGAUUGGGACUCAAGCCGACGAGGCUUUUCAGGAAGCAUGGCAAUCAGAUUCCGGCGGGUUGAUACCAGAGACCCGAGCCAAGGUAUAUCUCUCUCCAAAAUUAUGGUAUUUAAGACUGACGGUUAUCCAAACUCAGGAUUUGCAACUACCUUCCAUGACUGAGGCCAAGGUUCGAGGUCAUGAACUUUACGUGAAGGGUCAGCUUGGACCACAACUUUUCAAAACGAGCCGGACAUCUAUGGGGUCCUCCUCCAAUUCAGCCAACCCGACUUGGAAUGAGGAUUUGGUUUUUGUGGCCGCUGAGCCGUUUGAGCCCUUUCUGGUGGUGACUGUGGAGGAUGUGACCACUGGGCAGCCUGUGGGCCACGUCAAGAUACCAGUAGCAAGCAUCGAGCGCCGAGCUGAUGAUAUAACAGAAACAAAAUCCAGGUGGUUCAAUUUGGUUGGUGAUGAAAAUAAGCCGUACACCGGAAGGAUACAUUUAAAAGUUUGCUUGGAAGGUGGGUAUCACGUGCUAGACGAGGCUGCUCACGUGACUAGUGAUGUCCGACCGGCAGCCAAACAGCUGGCCAAGGCUCCGAUUGGGCUGCUAGAGGUUGGGAUCCGAGGGGCGACUAAUCUAUUGCCUGUUAAGACAAUAGAUGGGACGCGCGGGACAACCGACGCAUACGUGGUGGCUAAGUAUGGGCCUAAGUGGGUUCGGACUCGUACUAUUCUUGAUCGCUUUAACCCACGAUGGAAUGAGCAAUACACAUGGGAUGUAUACGAUCCAUGCACGGUUCUUACCAUCAGUGUAUUUGAUAAUGGAAGGUACAAGCGUGAUGAUGCAGGGAAGCAAGGAAGAGAUGUUAGAAUUGGAAAAUUACGCGUACGCUUAUCUACACUUGAUACCAAUCGUGUCUACCUAUCGUCAUACUCCCUGACUGUUUUGUUACCGGGUGGUGCCAAAAAGAUGGGAGAAAUUGAGGUAGCAAUUAGAUUUUCAUGCUCAUCAUGGUUGAAUCUCAUCCAAGUCUACACCAAUCCAAUGCUGCCGCGCAUGCAUUAUAUACGACCAUUGACUCCCUCUCAACAAGAUAUUUUACGCCACACAGCUAUGCGCAUAGUCACAGCUCGACUCACUAGAUCCGAGCCACCUUUGGGUCAAGAGGUUGUCCAGUUCAUGUUGGAUAGCGACACGCAUUUGUGGAGCAUGAGAAGAAGCAAGGCCAAUUGGUUCCGCGUCGUGGGUUGCUUGACACGAGCCGCGACUCUGGCAAAAUGGCUUGACGGAAUCAGGAUGUGGGUUCACCCACCCACUACAGUCUUGGUUCAUAUUUUGCUUGUGGCAGUAAUUUUAUGCCCACACUUGGUGCUUCCCACCAUAUUCAUGUACGCCUUCUUGAUCUUAGCAUUGAAAUUUCGGCACCGCCAAAGGGUCCCCUUCAACAUGGACGCAAGAUUGUCGCAUGUGGAGGCUGUGGGUGUCGACGAGCUUGAUGAAGAAUUUGACGGGUUCCCAACCACACGAUCGCCAGAUCAGAUUCGUAUCAGAUACGACAGAUUGCGAGCUCUGGCUGGCCGGGCCCAGACUCUGUUAGGUGAUGUGGCGGCACAGGGAGAGCGGUUAGAAGCGUUGUUCAGCUGGAGGGAUCCAAGAGCAACAGGAAUAUUUGCAGUGUUUUGCUUAUCUGCUUCACUAAUAUUCUAUGCAGUGCCGUUUAAGAUACUUGUGUUGGGCUACGGGUUCUACUAUUUUCGUCACCCGAGAUUCCGCGAUGACAUGCCAUCAGUCUCGAUGAACAUUUUCAGGCGACUACCAUCAGUAUCCGAUCAAAUUUUAUAGAAUAUCUGAUCAGAGAUGGUCAGAACUUCAUCUGACCCUCUAAUCUUAUUGAAAAAAUGAUUAAGUCCCGAAGAUCCCCAAGAGUGUCACGUGAGAACCCAAGAUUUGUAGAUUGAAAGAACCCCACGUGGAGGUUGAAGGAGGAGUCAAAAUAGAAGGAAGAAGAGAAGCAGUCAACCAGGAGGAGAAUCUGCUACCAGUAGGAAGGAUUUCUUAGUUGUUCCUACUAGUUACUGGAUUUUUAUUUUUCCUUGAUUUUCUGAGUUUCAGUUUAAUUAAUCACGUUUUCAUAGAAUUAGGA